GCGGCGACAGCGGCGGCACGGGGUGAAAUUUCUGGAAGGUGCGGCCGGAGCGGGGCCGGGGCCGGGGCCGGGGCUGGGAUCGGGGCCGCGGGCCGUGACGGCCCCCAGCGCCGCCGCCAUGAACCACAAGAGCAAGAAGCGGAUCCGUGAGGCGAAGCGCAGCGCCCGGCCCGAGCUGAAGGACUCGCUGGACUGGACCCGUCACAACUACUGCGAGACCUUCCCCCUCAGCCCCACCGCCUGCAAGGAUAACGUGGAGAGGGCAGAUGCGCUCCAGUUAACAGUGGAGGAGUUUGUUGAGCGUUAUGAAAAGCCUUACAAGCCCGUGGUGUUGCUGAACGCUCAGGUGGGCUGGUCUGCCCAGGAGAAGUGGACGCUGGAGCGGCUGAAACGCAAGUACAGGAACCAGAAGUUCAAAUGUGGUGAGGACAAUGAUGGUUACUCUGUGAAGAUGAAGAUGAAAUAUUACAUUGAGUACAUGGAAACCACGCGUGAUGACAGCCCCUUGUACAUCUUUGACAGCAGCUAUGGAGAGCAUCCCAAGCGAAGGAAACUCCUGGAGGACUACAAAGUCCCCAAAUUCUUCACUGAUGAUCUCUUUCAGUAUGCAGGGGAGAAACGAAGGCCACCCUACAGAUGGUUUGUGAUGGGCCCACCUCGUUCUGGAACAGGAAUUCACAUCGAUCCCUUGGGAACCAGUGCGUGGAAUGCCUUAGUCCAGGGACACAAGCGUUGGUGCCUGUUCCCAACCAGCACUCCCAGAGAGCUGAUCAAAGUGACACGGGAAGAGGGGGGGAACCAGCAGGACGAGGCCAUCACCUGGUUCAAUGUCAUCUAUCCUCGGACACAGCUUCCCACCUGGCCCCCCGAGUUCAAACCCCUGGAAGUCUUACAGAAACCAGGAGAGACAGUCUUUGUGCCAGGUGGCUGGUGGCACGUAGUCCUCAAUCUUGACACAACUAUUGCCAUCACACAAAACUUUGCCAGCUGUACCAACUUCCCAGUGGUGUGGCACAAGACAGUGAGAGGGAGACCUAAACUGUCACGGAAAUGGUACAGGAUCCUAAAGCAGGAACAUCCUGAAUUGGCAGCCUUGGCUGAUUCAGUUGACCUGCAGGAAUCUACUGGUAUUGCUUCUGACAGUUCCAGUGAUUCUUCCAGUUCAUCAAGUUCCAGCUCCUCAGACUCUGAUUCAGAGUGUGACUCUGGCUCUGAGACAGAGGGGAUGAUGCACCGCAGGAAAAAGCGGAGGACGUGCGGAAUGAUGGGGAACGGGGACACGACUUCCCAGGACGACUGCGUGAGCAAAGAGCGCAGCUCCUCCAGGAUUAGGGAAUCUUGUGGCGGCCGCAGCUACCCGUGAGGGAUAACACCACCUACCCAGAGGCAGCUGCUGAUGGAAGCUGUUAGCAGCCAGCCAGCUCUGUUCUACUCCCUUCUGCUUCUAUUUCUCACACUCCUUAAGUUUUUGUUACCCUUCCUCGAUCCAGACAUCUUCGUUACGUGCUGUCCACGGUUGGCUCCUGAAUAACCUGUAGGGGAACGCCCCGACCGCGUCCUUUGUGCAAUGCUUUGUCCCCUCUGCACCCCGGGUGAGUGCACUAUGACCCAGCUGUGGCUAAGGACAUGCCAAGUAUUUCAUGGGUCACAGAACUGGCAAGGAAGGCAAUGGUCAGUUUUUAAAGAACUCUUUUUAAAACCAGCAGGUAAAUGUAAAAACCUGCCUUGUUUUGACACUGUCAUAUGUUUACAUGUUGUCCUGUACACUUGAGGAAAGGAACACCAGCCCUUUUGGCCUAUUGGAAUGACUGGUGGAUCUCACACCAGAAUUUUGGGAAGAGCAAGGAAGAAAUGAGCUUUUGCAAGAACUGAGCUGUGGAAAAUGAGUCCUUGGAUUUUACCCUGCUGCAGGAGAACGUUGCUGUUGGGGCUGGUGCUUCCAAGUGUGUGUCUUAUGAAAUCCUGGAAUAUGGGCACUUGGAAAGAACCCAUCAUUGAGUUCAACUCUUGGCCCUGCACAGAAACCAAGAACCCCAUCUUGUGCCCAAGAGCAAUGUCCAAACACUUCAUGAACUUAGACUGGCUCAGUGCUGUGACCAUUGCCCUGGGGAGCCUGUUCCAGUGUCCAGCCACCCUCAGGGUGAAAAACGUUUUUGUGAUAUCCAACCUAAACCUGCCCUCACUCAGCUCCAGGCGUUUUCUUGAGUCCUGUCACUGGUCCCAAGAGUGAAGAGCUCUGUACCUGCCCCUUUGCUGUCCCUCAUGAGGAUGCUGAAGACCCGAAUGAGAUCUGACCUCAGUCUCCUCCUGGCUGAACAGACCAAGUGACCUCAGCCACUCCUCAUACAGCUUCUCCUCCAGACCCUUCACUAUCCUCGUGGCCUCCUUUGGGCGCUUUCCAGUGGUUUAAUGUCUGUUAGAUGUUGUGGUUCCCAGAACUGCCCCCAGCACUGAAGGUGAGGCCACCCCAGGACAAUCCCCUCCCUUUCCUGGCUGGUGAUGCUGGGCCUGAUGCCCCAAGGACAUGAUUUGCCCUCUGGGCUCCAGAGCACUGCUGGCUCAGAUCCAGCUUGCCACCAAGCAGAACCCCUUAGGUCCCCUUUCCACAGCUCUGCUCUCCAGCCUCUUGUUCCCCAGUCUGUCCACACAGCCAGGAGUGCCUGGACCCCAGCACAGAAUUCAGCCCUUGCCCUUGUUAAACUCCACAUGGCUGAUGAUUGCCCAUCUCUCUGAUUUGUUGAGGCCUCUCUACCCUUGAGAGGGUUGACACCUCCUGCCAAUUUAGUGUCUUGGCAAACUUAAUAUUCCUUCCAAUCCCGUGUCCAAGUCAUUAAUGUUGAAGAGCACAGGGAUGAGGAUGGAGCCCUGCAAAACCCCACUAGUGACCAGUGCCAGCCUGGUGUCACCCCAGUCACUGUCACCCUUUGUGUCCAGCCUGUGAGCCAGUUGCUCACCCAUCAUUUAAUACGGUUAACCAGCUGUGGGCUGCACAGUUUGUCCAGAAGGUCACUGGGAGAGACAAUAUUCAGAGUUUGCUGAAGUCCAAAAGGGUGAUAUCUACUGGGUUUCCUAGGUCAGUGAGGUGGGUCACCUGUCACAAGAGGAGAUCAGAUUGAAAAAACAGGACUUUCUUUUGUGAAGCUGUGACUGAUGCCUGCAUUGUCCUCCAGGUGUUUUUCAGUACUUCCCAGAACCAUCUCUUCCAUGACUUGGCCAGGCACUGAAGUGAGACUGACAGGCCUGUGGUUUCCAGGGUCCUCCUCCCUGAUGUUGAAAACUGGGACAUUUGCCAGCUUCCACUCAGCUGGAACCCUUCCAGAUUCCCAAAACUGCUCAAAAAUCAUUGAGAGGUUUUGCCAUGACAUCAGCAGCAUCUUGAGAAUUCUCAGAUGAAUGCCAUGAGGCCCCAUGGAUGUGUAGGCAUCCCUGUGGAGCAGCAGAUCCUGCUGCUUUGGGGUCGACUGGGAGUUGAACAUUGUCAUAGUCACAGUCCUCCAGCUCAGGGCACUGAGACCCCCUUGGCUCAUCAUCUGUGCUGAAGACAGGCAAAGAAUUAAACACCUCUGCCAUGCCCAUGUCCUUGUUUUUGAGGACACCAUCCUCAUCCUGGAAUGGGCCAGUGUUACUUCUAAUUUGCUUUUUGCCAUUAAUAGAUUUGAAAAAGCUUUUUUAUUUCCGUCAUGGUUCUGGCCAGUUUUGUCUCCAGUUGAGCUUUGGCCAUAUGAAUUUUCUCCCUACAGUGGCAACAGCAUUUCUGUAUUCUUCCCAUGUCUGACCUUGCUCCCACUGGGCAAACACCUUCCUUUUUCAUCUUAUUUCCAAGAGAAGAUCCCUGUUCAGCCAAGAAAGAGAAGGUGGUGUGAAUGCCCCAAGCACUGAAGCAACUUCAGCAGAGGUGACCACCAACCUGAAGCACCUUUUGUGGUCUGAAUCAGCGUGCUCCAUGCACACACCUGAGGUGCAACACCUGAACCAGCAGCAGCCCAUCUGCUUCCACUCUGGGUCUGUCAGGGUGACAGGUAACAAAGCUGCACUAGCACCUUGUAAUGGGAAGCUCAAUUUUGCAGGAGAAUCCUGGAGUUUCUUGCACAGCAAAAACUGUGGCAGGAAAAAGCAUUUGCCAGUACUUCCAGUCCUUCAGGUGCAGGUGUGAUGUUCAGCACAAGGUAACUGCUGACAAAAUCUGACUCUGCCAGACUCUGCUGGGCUUGGAACACUAAACAGUUCUGGGGCCGUGGGCUCGCUCAGGCCACUGCAGUUCACAUCCCUAAAUGGUUUUUCUUUGAGAUUUCUGAAAGUUGCAGUGCCAAUUUUAAAGGACUGAGGAGGGGGACAUGUUGGUUUUUUAUGCUUUUUAAAAAUGCAGUGUGUUGUUUAAGUCUGUGUAGAUGCAUUUGUAUUAUGCCAGGUAAAGCUCUUGUCCCCAAGGGAUCUUUGGAGCUGCUGGUUUGUUAUAUUAGCAGGGUCUUGUGCUGGUGGUGUCUCUGUGUGGCUGAAUGUGCUGCUAGGAAAUCUGAAUUUCUCAUUGGCUGCUUCAGUGGGUGCUCUUUUCAGCCCUAGGAGGUGGGUACAGAAUUUACUUCAGCCAUUCUUUGGGAGAAGAAACUUGACAGCAGAAGUGCUGUGCAUGUAGUAAACACACAGCAAUGCCCAGGCUCUGAUGAAAGAGCAAAUUAAAGAGAUAUUAAAGCCUCAGCUGUGACUUUCUUAAACAUUUUGGGUUUGGUGCAACCUGGAGUGUUGCUUUUCUGGGCUCUGAUCCAUUUUUAACCUUGUAUGUUCCUUAUUUAAGCAAUCCUGGGCCAUAUCCUUUUGUACAAAGGAAUCCUAAAUGUGUUUGUUGGGAUCUCUGUUUUUGACUCUUCUGUGCCAGUCAGUUUGUGUAAGAGCAGUGUGGUGGUGGGGAAUGUAGAGAGGGAAGGUUUAUUGAUACAUUCUUUAGCUGUUCAGACUCCCAAAUUUCCUGUGAUAGAUAGCCAGGCAUAAGCAAGCACGCUUGCUCUGUAGCCAAUGCAGAUUCUUCCACAACAUCACUUAAAAAAUCCUGCAAUUAUUCCAACUCCUGGCAUUUCUGGCCAAGGCUGAGCAGCUUGGGAGCCUGCACAGUCUAAGUGUGUCCUCUCAGUCUGCAGCUGCUGCUUUUUGGAAUAAUGUGGGGCCUGGAGAGAUGAAGGCUCACAAGACUCAGCUCUGUCACGGUGAGGGGAGUCCUUGGAGUUCUGUCCCUUCCUCUCUGGUGGCUGGGCAGCACCUCAGUGAGAUGUAGCUGCAUUUGGCACAUGUGGUUCCAUUUGCACAGUCUAAAAUGUGAUGUGAAAGCCUGAUUGCUGUGCUGGGAAAGCCACACCUCUGCCUCUAGAAACACAGUGGGAAGUUGCAGUGUGCAGAGCAUUCUUCCAUACCUGUGAACUCUUCCAUAGUGUGAAAUAAAGCAAUUCCUGGUGAAGCCUGUGUUGAUGUGACACCCCUCACAGAAAAACAGCGUGUUUGCAAUGGACAGCAGACAUCAUGAUACCAGCAGCCCUCUCCUGACUGCUCCACAGGGCACUUUCCUGCUCUGAAACAGUGUCUGUGCAGUCUUACCUGGGAAUCAGAACUCUGGGAUCUCCAGUUCUUCCCCUUCUGGCUUUUGCCUCAGCCACUUUGGUGAGUCUUGAGCAGUGAGGAAGAUCCCUACCUCGCAGGGCUGUUGUGAGGCUGAGCUGUAAUGACUUGUGUAAGAUGCUUUGAAGCCAUCCACCCACAAAAAGUGUUCCAUUCAUUCUGAGCAACCUGAGACUUCCGAGCCUGGUGGGAGCUUUUUGUAGCAGAAAACAUUGGGGAUGUUUUUCAAAACUCUUGGCCACGUGGUGUUCUGUGAUGGCCCUUCCAGAAUUGCUGUGUGGUACAUAAAUUGCAGCAGAACAAGAAUUCUUGUUUUCACCAGGGUUGAACUGUUGCUGUUCCAUAGCCUGCUCUAAACAGGAGGUCCUGCUAGGGCAGGAUCUGUUUUGAAACAGAAUCAGAUGCUGUUUUCUCACCAGGGAGUCAGCUUCUCUGGCCUUACAGGAAUGGGGGGAGCUGGUGCUUCCCAGGCCCUUGCUUCAGGCUGGGUGAGGGAGGAACAGUUAAAAACUGUGCUCCCUUUGUGCCCCACUCCGUGCUUGUGGGAAGCUGCCUGGGGAGAGUGGGCUCUGUGCUCUCGUUUCUCCAGGCUUGUGCUUCUUGGGGCAUCCUUGUCUCUUGUUCCAGCCCUGCUGCUUUUGUAUUCUGGAGGCCCUGGAUGCAGCUGGUCCACACCCUGUGGAUCCCCCAUUUCCUUGAGCCCCAGAGCAGCAGCACAGCUCUGCCUCACUUCUCUGGGGUUUUGGUGGCUGCUGUCUUCCCCAGGGAUGUGCAGAGACCCUCGGCCUGAGUGUCAUUGUCACAAUCCUGCCUGCUCCAGGAAAGGAUUUGGGAGCUCUGCCUGUGCUUUAGAGCCUGGUGACGGACACAGGCUGUGAGAGUUCAGGAGGAAUUGAUCCAACACUCCAUCAGAACCACAAAUGUGGACGAGAGGCAGCAGUGGCAGCACCUGUUUCCUGCACAAGUGCUGUGGGAGCAGGUGACACCAAGGAGCCUCUGGCAGAGCUGCCUCCCCUUUCAGGCUUGUGUGUGCUGGCUCCAGUUUGUCUCCUCAGUUACAUCAAACCUCUCCAAAUGCUUCAAGGAAGGACAGCACCCUCUUUCAGAGUUAACCUCUACUCUCCUCCCUGAGUCCCCAGCCACUGUGGGCUGGGAAGUGACUGUUGGCUGAAUCCAGUCUGGAAGGCCUCUGUGGGCACAUUGUAACUGGGAGGUUUUUGGCAUCCUCCUUGCAAAGGAGAGAAGGAAAGUGUUACCCAUUUGUGUGACAGUCCCACUGUCAGCUCCAAGCCCUGCCACUGCCCUUAGCUGCUUUUAUCACCCAUCCAGCAGAGCUGGGAUACUUGUCUUGUUCAGAUGAUUGUGGUUUUGCUUUUUAUUUUAAAUAAAAUCAAUUAUUUUGCAU